CGCGUUCUGGCUGAAUCAGUGGCUGCGAGGGGCUGCGCGGUGCGGAUCAUGGCUGGGGUGUUUGUGUUGCUCUUCCCGCUGCUCUCCCUGUUCCCCCGCUCCGGAGCCAACCGGCACUCGGUCUAUUGGAACAGCUCCAACUACUAUAUCCCCCACCACGAGCGCCCAUUCCACGCCCCCCCCCGCUACAGCGCCCAUUCAGGAGAGAAGCACUCCCCGACCCUCCCCCAGUUCACGAUAGGCCCAGAGGUGAAGAUAGAGGAUUUAGAUCACUUCAACCCGGAGAUCCCGAAGCUGGAGAAGAGCGUGAGCGGGAGCAGCCCCAAGAGGGAGCACCUACACCUGACGGUGGCGUUUUGCCUCCUCAUAAUGGCGCUCCUGGCUUCCUAGCUCGCCCCCCGCGGCACUGACGUUGGAAGCCUUGAUAGCAGAAGCCAAACGGGGCAGAACCCAGCGGGUUGGGACAGAGCUAGAGGCAGGGGUCCGGCAUUAGGCGACCCCCUCUCCCCUCUCCGCGUUUCUUCGCUUCCUUUGCAGAGACUCCGCCUGUGUCGCCGCGGCACAACCAUAAAGGAAACUGUGGAUAUUGGGAAGGUCAGUGGCCGGUGGCCCUUUGGACAAGCUGGGGGCCGCGGCCCUUCUGCCAAGCGAUCUCGGUGGGGCCACGAGACGGUUUCUCAGGACCCCUACAGACAUUUACAGACUUUUGCGUGGCCCCCAACAUGGCUGCCCCAACGCGCUGCCCUAUCAGUGGGCUCCGUACUCUGAGUGCCUACCCCCCUCGGCUCCGACACCCUCGGGAUCAGCCUUGGGCCAGACCAUCACAUUUAUUGGCCUUAUCCCCCCUGCCUCUCAUUCUUACAUGGCUCCUCCCACACUGAGGCCUGUGAAACCCCGCCCCCAGCCCACCCGGAGGGAGACCCAGCUUUAACCCAUCGACUCUGUCCAAUCUAAUGGUGCCAUUUUGUACUCUCUUUGUACUGGACCCAAGCUGUGGCCCUUGUGUGGCCCCUCCCAUCUAGCCGGAUCCCUACGCUACGCCGCCUCGCCCUAUUGGUUCCUGGCUUCUUCCUAGAGCAAUAGCCCCCCCUGCCCAGCACUCUGCUUUAUAUGCCAGUCAUGCCCAGCGGGGCAGCCUCAUUGGAUACCCGGUACCCCCAUGUAGCAGAACUCGUCCAAUGGGAACGCAAGGAGCUGCCAACUGUGUAACGAACAAUCACCAUCAUGUGCCAUCUGCCCCAUGCCCGCCGUGCCAUGCGUGUGUUUCACCUCUGCCCCACUGCAUUCUGGGAUACACGGGGCACUUCCAGGGGCCUUAACUGGUGUAGCAAUGAAAAGACUUGUACCCCCAUAUCUGUACCAUGAUCCCCCAUUCUGUCUCGGCCCUGACUCGUGCCAGCGGAGUGGGCACUGGGGGGCUACGGGCACAGCUGGCACCCCCCCCAUGCAAUAUGGAUCACGUGAUGGGACUGUGGAUGGAACGUGGGUUCUACUGGCGCCGCCCACCCAGCUGGAACGGGGAAGGCAGAACCUUCCGGAUUUAUUCCCAAUUGUUUUAUUGGCAGAAUGAAGCUCCGCCCUUUAUUCUAGGACCCGCCCCCCUGGUGGCAGAAUGAUGUUUGUACAUAUCUCUCUCUCUCUAUAUAUAUAUAUAUAUUGGUAUAUACGUCUGUAUAGGGCCCCCCGCUGCCCCCCGUGUAUAGUGACUUGUACAUAGACUGACAGUGGCUCCUCCUCUUCCUCCUCAUGUCUUCCAUGAAGGCGCCUCCUCACUAUGCAAUGCACAGACACUUUCCAAUAAAGACCAGACAGACCUUUGUA